UUUGUUAUUAAUCACUUGAGAGGACCUGGACUAGUGCUGUGCUACUGGUGUUUUAUAGCCUGUUGGAUUCUUCUGAGCGUAGAAGUGCUGAGAAGCAAGGAUUUAUGGCAUACACCAUGGUGUGUGUGUACUGGAAGCUGGCUGUCUGGUUUUUUUGCUACCAAGUUGUCUCUGCAAGAGUUAAGAAGGAAGGAUAUUAUGUUGCUGCUGUGUAUGAACAUGAGUCCAUCCUCAGUCCUGCCCCAGAAGCUCUGAUUGAUCGACAGUCUGCGCUGGAACUCAUGGGCAGAAACCUGGACAUCUAUGAACAGCAAGUAGUGGCUGCUGCCAGACAGGGGGCACAGAUCAUUGUUUUUCCUGAGGAUGGAAUCCAUGGCUUCAACUUCACCAGAAGCUCCAUUUACCCUUACUUAGAUUUUGUUCUGCACUCAGGCUCUGUGAAGUGGAAUCCAUGCCGAGAGCCCUAUUUGUUCAACGACACAGAGGUUCUUCAGCGUCUGAGCUGCAUGGCACUGAAAAACCAAAUAUUCCUUGUGGCAAACCUGGGGACAAAGCAGCCCUGUGAGCAGCCUGACCCUCACUGCCCAGCUGAUGGAAGGUACCAGUUCAACACCAACGUGGCGUUCGAUGACGGCGGCGUGCUGCUAGCCACGUACCGCAAACACAAUCUCUACUUUGAAUAUGCUUUUGAUACUCCCCCAGAGCCUGACUAUGCAUUCUUUGAGACUCCUUUUGCUGGCAGGUUUGGCAUGUUCACUUGCUUUGAUAUACUCUUUUUUGAGCCUGCAGUGAACCUCAUCAAGCAAUACAACGUGAAACAAAUUGCCUAUCCAACUGCCUGGAUGAACCAGCUGCCGCUCCUGGCUGCUGUAGAGUUUCAACAGGCUUUUGCAACAGCUUUCAACAUCAAUGUCUUAGCAGCCAAUAUCCACCACCCUACCUUGGGCAUGACAGGGAGUGGCAUAUACACUCCAGUCAAGUCGUUCACCUACCACAACAUGGAAGGUUAUGGUGGUAAGCUCAUAGUAGCAGAAAUUCCUGUGAUUGCCACAGGUGAUGAAACCAAUCUGGACAGCAGUGAAAGAUUCAGAGAGAGCUUACAUCACUCAUGCAAGACUUCUACAAGCACCUCCCUGGAUGAUCAAGUUUGCUUUAAGGAGGAAGAAGAGACCCCCAGCAGAGUGUCAGAAACAGGACAGGAACAGUUGCCUCCCCUAUUUUAUGCAGAAAUGAUGUAUGACAACUUCACUUUUGUUCCUCUAUGGGGGGAAAAAGGAGAGCUCCAGGUCUGUGCCAACACCCUUUGUUGUUACUUAAAUUACCAGAAAGCUGUUCUAACUGAUGAACUUUAUGCUCUGGGAGUGUUUGAUGGGCUCCAUACAGUGCAUGGCACCUACUAUGUCCAGGCCUGUGCCUUAGUUAAGUGUGGUGGCCUCAGCUUUAGCACUUGUGGACAGGAGGUUACAGACGCCACUGCUCUGAUAGAUUUCCAGCUCUGGGGAAAUCUGAGUACCCCUUACAUCUUUCCUUUGCUGCUGACAUCUGGUAUUACUUUGGACUUUGCUGAUCACAGGGGCUGGAAAAACAACCACUAUUUCAUGAGCAAAAAUAACACAUCUUCUGGCCUGCUGACAGCUGCUCUCUACGGACGAUGGUAUGAAAAGGACUAGCACAGACAGCUGAAUGAGAAGACAACAGCCCCUAUGUUCAGAGCCUACAUCUUCACGUGAACUGCUGAACACCUGCACUUCCUAGAGCUUUGGGUGCAUUUAUUACAUGGCUGACUGAUCAGAUUCCACAUUUGAAAUGACAAGGGAAGCACUUAAGAGGCUGUAAGUACAGUCUGUACCUCGGCAGCUUACGUCCUGGCAGGGGUAAAAGCCUUGCAGAGUUCAAAGGCUUGUUGCAACGUGCUGAGAUGUUCUACACUGGGACAAUAACAUGUCUCGUUUAAACUGAGUUUGUUCCUUUUAAGUGAAUCCUUUGGUUUUCUGGGGUCCUGGCUAGGAGUAUGGAAAUGAAUGGAAUAGAAAACCACUGCAAAGGCAAGAGAAAUAGGGAAGAGAACAAAGACACAAACACCAUGCAUGACAUGCAUGAAAAUGCAUACAUACAGGUUGCAUAUGGUGAGGGUCUCACCCCUCCUUAGGGUGCCAGGAUUUUUUUCCUUAGAGCCAAUAAAACUCCCAUCUGAAAUCAUGACCAUUUACUGGCCACUCAGUUGCCUGCAGUCCUGUUAGAAAACACAGUGACUUUUCUCCUGUACUUUUAACAGUAAAUGAAUGUUAGCAGUUGAGAAUGUCUACAAACAUCUAGUCUGGAGAGGAGGAUAUCAUGUGAUGAUGAAAAAGUAGACUGCAUUAAGGCAAUUUUCAGCCUACUGUGCUUAAAGGAAAUGUUGGCAACAGAUAUCAAAGGCUAUGCUAUGCAGUGUUAAGUACUGCUGACUUCCCCAGUUUAAAGAGGAAGUAAUCUCGAGACUGCUUUGAGUUUUCUGUUCCUUCAACAAAGAGCUAUGAAAAUCCCACUGUGGGACAGUCAGGUUUUUGCAGUAAGGUUCUGUGUGCAGCAGGUUCCUGCUGCUAAAUGAGUGAAAUGUGCC